AUGGAAUUCCGAAAUAGCUACAUAGCAGAGUUGCAGCAGGUGGCAUUCAUGCCAGCUGCAAAUGGUACGCGCUUGGUGACAGCAAGCUCUCUUUUUGCGCGUCUGACAAUAAAUCUUUCCCCAUUUGCAUUUGAACUGCCUACUUUAUAUCUUCCUUUUGUGAAGAUUCUAAAAGACUUGGGGCUUCAGGACAUUUUGUCUGUUACUCAUGCGAAAGAUCUUCUUUCAAAUCUUCAAAAAACUUGUGGAUAUCAACGCUUAAAUCCAAAUGAACUCCGUGCUGUGAUGGAAAUUUUGCAUUAUGUAUGUAAUAAAUCCAAUGAGGCAAACUCAUCAAACAGCUCCUACUGGGAAUCAGAUGCGGUAGUCCCUGAUGAUGGCUGCAGACUUGUUCAUGCCAAGUCAUGUGUAUACAUUGAUUCCUAUGGCUCUCGAUAUGUCAAGUACAUUGACACUUCCAGGCUAAGAUUUGUCCACCAAAAUCUUCCAGAGAGAAUAUCUAUGGCCUUGGGCAUCAAAAAGCUCUCUGCUGUGGUUGUAGAGGAACUGGAGCAUGGGAAACAUCUACAGCCUUUGGAAUGCAUUGGUUCAGUUCCACUAGCAGCCAUCAGACAGAAGUUGUUAAGUAAAUCAUUCCAGGAUGCAGUAUGGAGUGUUGUCAAUAGUGUAGCCACUGACAUUCCUGCCUUUGAUAAUUCAGUUGUGGAAGAUAUAUGCAGUUCAUUGGACUCGGUUGCAGAAAGAUUGCAGUUUGUUCGGAGCCUAUAUACUCGUUUUAUUCUCCUACCAAAGUCUUUAGACAUUACCCGUGUUGCCAAGGAAUCCAUUAUUCCCGAGUGGGAGGGUGGAUCCCUACAUCGAGCUCUUUAUUUUGUAGAUCGUUUGAAGACUUGUAUGUUGAUUGCUGAACCACCAAGUUAUAUAUCUGUUGUUGAUGUUGUUGCAGUUGUUGUAAGCCAGGUUUUGGGUUCCCCAAUCCCACUACCCAUUGGAUCUUUACUUCUAUGUCCUGCGGACUCUGAGAGCUCACUUGCUGAUGUCUUGAAACUUUGUUCUGAUAAGAGAGCAACUGAGGGUGCCGGUGGGAGAAAUGGUUUGGUAGGGAGGGAAAUACUGCCCCAAGAUGCUGUACAAGUGCAAUUUCACCCAUUAAGACCCUUUUAUGCAGGAGAAAUAGUGGCUUGGCGGUCUCAAAAUGGAGACAAGUUGAAGUAUGGUAGAGUCCCAGAGGAUGUAAGACCAGCAGCGGGACAAGCACUCUACAGAUUCAAGGUGGAAACAUCACCAGGAGAGACCGAACUGCUUCUUUCCUCGCACAUUUUCUCAUUUAGAAGUAUAUCAAUUGGCAACAGGACUUCUUCAGCAACUGUGCUGGAUGGUGAUCAUAGAGUUACUGAAACCAGAAUACUCGUCGAGGAGCCACAAGGUUCUGGAAGAUUCAAAUCAAAAUUUUCUCAG